AUGAGCCAGAAGGCUCUAACAACGGAAGAAUAUGCUCAGCGCCUUGAGCGCUGGUCGGAAAGAUUAAAAAAUCAAACUAUUUCUCACCUCCCUGCGGAUUAUAGCCGCCCCGUUCCUUCCAGGCUAGUGGAAGCUGUUUCCGAAAAGGUUCUAAACGAUGAAACCAAGGCUGCAUUGAUCAGUAUUUAUGCUACCGCCCAGACAAAGGGAAUUAACGCUACUCCUUUCAAUAUUUUGCUGACGUUGUUUAUCGUCCUUGUAAUUCGGUUGACCGGUGACGAAGACAUUAGCAUUGGAACUAGUUCAGAGAAUGCUAUUCCUUUUGUUUUACGGACAUUUGCUCAACAAAAUGAGUCCUUCUUUGGACUUUUAGAAAAGGUUGCAGAUAUUGAGAGCACAUGUUCUGCUGACGCUGUAGAUUUUACCGAUCUGAUAAAUCAUUUAAAUAGCAAACUAUCGAAACAGGAUGAAAUUCGCAAAAGUCUUGCGCAUAUACGUUUCUACAACGCACCAGAUACGCCAUCCGAAAGCUUCUUGUCUUCAACCAGCUUAGAUGUCGAUCUGACUGUUUUAGUUUCCCUCAAGAAACCUGCGGAAGAACUUUCUUCUUUGCGUUCUUUCACUUUUCCUGAUCUACAACUCAAAGUUAUUUACAACCAACUUGUUUUCUCCCAAAACAGAAUUAAUAUUCUUGCCGAUCAGCUUUUCCAACUUGUUAUAUCUGCCUCCCAAAACAUCAAUGGCUCCAUUGGUUCCUUGGAUUUAAAGACGGAUUCUCAAAAUCGCGUUUUACCAGAUCCUACAAUAGAUCUUGAUUGGUCUGGUUUCCGUGGCCCUAUCCAAGAUAUUUUUGCUCAUAACGCUGCUAAAUUUCCCGAAAGGGAGUGCAUUGUAGUAACACCUUCGGUGACGGAGAACGCUUCAGCUACUUCUUAUACAUAUCGCCAAAUCGACGAAUCUUCCAAUAUACUUGCUCACCAUCUUGUUCAAAGUGGUAUAGAAAGAGGCGAUGUUGUUAUGGUUUAUGCCUACCGUGGUGUCGAUUUGGUGGUAGCCGUCAUGGGUGUUCUCAAAUCUGGCGCUACUUUCUCCGUUAUUGACCCGGCCUACCCCCCAGCUAGACAGACUGUUUAUUUGGGAGUUGCCAAACCAAGAGGUUUAGUCUUUUUGGCUGAUGCUGGUGUUGUUUCUCCUACUGUUGUUGACUAUGUAAAGAAAAAUUUAGAUCUUAAAACGUUCGUACCCUCUUUGAAGUUGUCAAAAGAAGGCGCUUUAACUGGUGGUUUUCUGGAAGGUAGCAACACUGAUAUAUUAUCGAGUGUUGCUCACUUAAAGAGCCAACAAACUGGAGUAGUUGUUGGGCCAGAUAGCACUCCUACACUUAGUUUUACUAGUGGUAGUGAAGGUAUUCCUAAGGGUGUUAAAGGACGUCAUUUUAGUUUGGCUUACUAUUUUGACUGGAUGUCACAUGAGUUUAAUCUUUCGGAAAAUGACAGGUUCACUAUGCUUAGCGGUAUUGCUCACGAUCCUAUUCAGAGAGAUAUCUUUACCCCUCUGUUCCUUGGUGCAUCUCUUAUUGUACCAACGGCUGAAGACAUUGGUACUCCAGGACAGCUUGCCCACUGGGCAAAUAAAUACCAAGUGACUGUUACCCAUUUAACUCCUGCAAUGGGUCAGUUACUUUCCGCUCAAGCUGAAGAACAAAUUCCAUCCCUCCAUCAUGCGUUUUUCGUGGGUGAUAUUCUCACUAAGCGUGAUUGCCUUCGUUUACAAGUGCUUGCUACGAAUGUCAAUGUCGUCAACAUGUAUGGUACCACUGAAACACAGCGGUCUGUCUCAUAUUUUGUGGUUCCCGCUAGAUCAAAAGAUUCCACAUUCUUAGAGACUCAGAAAGAAGUCAUACCGGCUGGUAAAGGUAUGAAAAACGUCCAAUUGCUUGUCAUCAACCGUCAUGAUAGUAGCAAGCUUUGCGGUAUCGGAGAAGUAGGCGAAAUUUAUUUACGUGCUGGUGGUCUAGCAGAGGGAUAUCUUGGCAAUGAGGAAAUGACGUCCAAAAAGUUCUUGCAGAGUUGGUUCGCUGAUCCCUCUAAAUUUGUCGAUCGCACUCCUGAAGAUGCUCCAUGGAAAAAAUAUUGGUUGGGUAUUAGAGACCGCAUGUAUCGUUCUGGUGAUUUGGGACGUUACCUUCCAUCCGGUGACGUUGAAUGUAGUGGUCGUGCUGAUGACCAAGUCAAAAUUCGUGGUUUUCGAAUUGAACUAGGUGAAAUAAAUACCCAUCUUUCUCGCCAUCCUAAUGUGCGUGAGAAUAUUACACUUAUUCGCCGUAACAAAGAUGAAGAGCCUACCUUGGUUUCUUAUAUUGUUCCUCAAGACAUGGAUAAAGAUGAUUACGCUAGUGGUACCGACACAGACGAUUUAGUGGUUCAAGGUCUUCGAAAGUAUAGAAAGGUUAUUAAAAACAUCCGAGAGUACAUGAAGACCAAGCUUCCUAACUAUGCAGUUCCCACUGUUAUCGUUCCAUUAAAUCGUAUGCCAUUAAAUCCUAAUGGCAAAAUAGAUAAGCCUGCUUUACCUUUCCCUGAUACGUCUCAAUUGGCAGCAGCUUCUAUUUCUCGUACUAAGAAUGCAAGCACAGAGGCCCUCACCACUGUUGAGCAAGAAAUGAAAGAUAUCUGGCAAAGUAUUAUUCCUCAUGCUGUCGGUUUAAGUAAGAAAGCUAAUUUCUUUGACGUUGGAGGGCAUUCAAUUUUGGCUACUCGUCUCAUUUUCGAGUUAAGGAAGAGAUAUGCCGUAAAUGUUCCUUUGGGGUUGAUUUUUCGUGAACCUACAAUUGAAGGAUUGGCUAGAGAGAUUGGUAAACUCAAAUCUGGAGAAAUGGUUGACCUGUAUGAUGUUCCUAAGGGAGAACCUGAAGAUAAGGAAGUUGCUUAUGGCAAGGAUGCAGUUCAACUUACAAAUGUACUUCCUCAGUCAUAUCCUACGUUCUCUGGAUUGAAGGUUGAUGACUGCAAGACAGUAUUAUUGACUGGUGCCAAUGGAUACUUGGGUGUGUUUAUUCUUCGUGAUUUGAUGACACGUAAUUCAAAUAUUAAGGUUAUGGCCUUAAUUCGUGCAUCUUCCCCAGACCAUGGUUUGCAGCGUCUCAGGGAUAGUAGUAUUGCUUACGGUGUUUGGGACGAGAAGUGGAUUGAGUCAAUAUCUGUUGUUAAUGGAGACCUUGCAUUAGAAAAUUGGGGACUUGCCAACGAACAGUGGAACAGCUUAUGUGAGGAAGUAGAUGUCGUUAUACAUAAUGGUGCUUUAGUACACUGGGUCUAUCCUUAUUCCAAACUUAAGGGACCUAACGUUAUGGGUACAAUCACUGCUCUAAAGUUAUGUUCUUUUGGUAAGCCGAAAUCGUUAGGAUUUGUAUCCUCAACAUCUACUAUCGAUACAGAAUAUUAUGUUAAUCUUUCCAAUGAGAUUACAUCUAAGGGUGGUAAUGGUAUCCCCGAGUCGGAUUCUCUUUCUGGUUCAGCUGAGAGUUUACAAACCGGUUACGGUCAAAGUAAAUGGGUUGCCGAAUACUUGAUUAAACAAGCCGGUUUGCGUGGUUUGAGAGGAGUUAUUGUCCGCCCAGGUUACAUUUUGGGUGAUUCAAAAACUGGAGCUAUUAAUACUGAUGACUUUCUGGUUCGAAUGAUGAAGGGUAGCAUUGAGUUGGGUCUCUAUCCCAACAUUAACAAUACAGUGAACAUGGUUCCUACAGAUCAUGUUGCACGUGUAACGACAGCUUCUGCAUUCCACCCAGGUGAAGGAGUCACUGUUGCCCACGUUACUAGUCAUCCUCGUCUUCGAUUCAAUCAAUUUUUGGCAACAUUAAGUAAAUUCGGGUUUGGUACAAAGCAAUCGGAAUAUCUAAGUUGGCGAAUUGCUUUGGAAAAAUAUGUCGUUCAUGAAUCUCACGACAGCGCGUUGUAUCCUUUGCUGCAUUUUGUUCUUGAUAAUCUCCCAGCCAACACGAAGGCACCUGACUUGGAUGAUGCCAACGCUCGUGAGAUCUUAAAGCGUGAUACAGAAUGGACCAAGGUUGAUGUAUCCGCUGGAGCUGCUGUACUUGAACGAGAAAUGGGACUUUAUUUAUCUUACCUUGUUUCCAUUGGGUUUUUAGCGAAGCCUACUCAUAAAGCUGAGAAGGAGCUACCAAAGAUAGAGUUAAAUACUUUAACUAUGGAAAAGCUUGCCAGCGUCGGGGGACGUGGCGGCGCUCCUGUUACUAAGUAA